AUGUCGCAGCGGUGCGACGUGUUCAUAAACUACCGUGGUGUCGACACCCGACGGAGCAUCGCUGGCUUGCUCUAUGACCAUUUUACUAGAAUAGGGCUCCGCCCAUUCUUAGACAGCGCCAACAUGAAACCAGGAGACAAACUUUUUGGGGAGAUUGAGGAAAGUAUUAGGAGUUGUAAGGUGGGAAUUGCGGUGUUUUCGCCGCGUUAUUGUCAGUCUUAUUUUUGUUUGCAUGAACUUGCUUUAAUGGUCGAGAAUAAAAAGAAGAUCAUACCGAUAUUCGUCGACGUUCGGCCGUCUGAGCUUCGUGUCGAAUUUAACCGAAACUGUCCCGAAAAAGAGAUGGAGAGGUUCAAUUGGGCACUUGGAGAAGCCAAAUACACCGUUGGACUCACCUUCGACUCCAUUAACGGGGAUUGGUCAGAGCUGCUCAGAAAAGCUUCAACCGCCGUCAUUGAUAAUCUGGUCGCCGGAGAAGCGGUAGAGAUGCCGGGAAAUUAA